AUGGCUUCAAUGCUACCAACUCGGGCGGCCAGGACCAUCGCCUGUUCCGCAUGCCGCACUAUCGUUUGUCCUAGCACGAUUGGAUCCGCCUCCCUCCUCCGUCGUGGUCUGUCGACAUCCACCGAGCAGACACCAGUCGAUUAUGCAGACAAGCCUCGAUGGUCCUAUACUCCUCCCAGUGCAAAGGCUCCCUUCAGCUUGCGAUUGAAUAGCAAGAGACGUGAUUACCCAGUCAACACCGAUCCGCAGGUCCUUGACGAAUUCUACAUCCGCAUGCUGGGCAAUGAUGGUGACAAGCUCCUUUCGGACGAAACCAAAUGGCUUGCUGUGACGCACAAGAGUUUCGACCAGGGUCGAAGAGGAUUCAAUGACCGUCUGGCUUUCUUAGGACGACGGAUCGUUGAGUUACAGGCUUCUUUGGCCAUGGUGCAGAGCCCCGGAAGUGCUGCAUCCACCGCUGCCCCUGAUGAGUUUGACCGUGUGCCCUUCACGCACCCGGCAUUGGAGGGCCUGGAGAACCUCACCCGUCACAAGAAUUACUUGAUAGGCAAAGCACAGCUUGCGGAGCUUGCGCAGAAGUAUGAGCUGCAGAAGGUCCUGAGAUGGAGUCCUCGGAAGCCCAACAACCUUGCCAGCUCCGGAAUCGAACUUGUUCUUGCUCAUACGAUGUAUGCGAUCGUCGGUGCCAUUUCCCUGGAGAAGGGCGGUCUCGUUGCCAACAAGGUGACACGCGAGCGGAUAUUAGAACCUUUGGGAUUCAAGGCUUAA